ACCAAAUAAAACACGAAUUGCGAAAAUGAGGACUUAUAAACAUUCGGUCAAAAUGAGGACCAUUUUAAACAUUAUGUGAAAAUGAGAAACAUCCGCAACAAAUACUACGAAAAUAAGGACAAAAAAGGUAUUUAAACCUAAAUAUUUUUUUAAUAUCAAUAUAAUAACAAUUAAAUACAUUAAAAAUCUAAUACAAACGUUGAUGGUAAAGAAAAACAAUAUAACCCAACGUGGAUGAUGAGUCGAGUAUAUAUAACUUUCGAAUUGGGCCGGGCUCAUGAUGGACCCAACCAAACAGAAGAAAAGGAAGUAGCGGGAGAUUUCUUUUCCCGCGCGAAGGAAAUGGAACCCUGGGUAGCCCUUGGCGUCGAUGACGCCGAUCUCUCCGCCUUCCUCCGCCCUUGCAACGCCCAAUCCAGCUCCUCUUCCCUCAUUCCUGGCCCUGCCGGCGCCGUUCAAGCCGUCAUGAGCAACCGCUGUCGCGACGACCCACUUCCCACUCAGGAAUUCAUAAGGCGCGUCGGCCUCGAAAGUCACCGCGAUUUCAGCACCAAUCCCUGGCUCUGCGCCAUCCAAUUUGUUCGCUCGCAGGGUAUGGUGGAGGCUAAUGACGUCGCACACGGCACGCCGUUGAACUCAAUCAAGACUACUGGAAGAGUGCCUCUGGUCGUAGCUGUUAUCAAAUCCUGCACUCCCAACGGUCUCGGUGACAUGAAGAUUACGCUCAAGGAUCCUACGACCACUCUUAGCGCCAGUCUCCAUCGCAAAGUCUUGGCGCAUCCGGAAUUUGCGAAGGACAUUGCUGUUGGUUCUGUCUUGGUUCUGCACGAGGUUGCUGUGUUUUGUCAUACCCGUACCUGUUAUCUGAAUGUAACAUUGCGCAAUGUUCUCCAGGUCUUCUCCAAGGACUGUGGACCUCCAUCACAACAGUUGGUACAUCCUGUACGCCCAGUGAUACGCACUACACCUAGUGUGGAAAGGCCUGAAAGGUUGUUAGCAUCUGGAAGUUCAUCAUCUCCGCCCCUGAAAAGAAAUGAAGAAAUCAUGUCUGCUCUCAGAUUUGAGUCAAGUUCUAGACAAGUAGCAGAUAUUGAGUGGCAGAGGGCUGAAGCUUUGGCUUCAACGCCCUCUCACAGCGAAACUGUUUGGGGAAGAGAGAACUUGGCGUUGAGUGUGGAUAAUGCUGGACAUGUGGAAGGAAACUGUGUUGGUGAGCUUGAUAGUGAGAUGGAAGAUCAACCCAAUCCUCCUAGAUUGGAUGAAGAAGCCGACAGUUUAGCGCAUAUUGCUCAAGGCAAUAGUUCUACAUCGAAAUCAGUUCAUACAUCUCGUGCUGAAAAAACUGAGAUGAAAAAUCACUUGGAAAGUCAGAGCCAGAUGGAAAGUCAAAGAAGUUCAGUCCCCCAUUGGACAGACGAACAGCUGGAUGAGCUUUUGGCGUUUGAUUGAGGUAACAAUUUCUGUUUGUCAAAUCAAAAGUAUCCUAGAGGAUGAUGGUAUAUCCCUAGUUCCCAGCCAUCUUAAUGAUACAAUAUUUUGCAUUUUAAAGAUGCACGCUUUUGGUAAAUAUGUGCAAGAAUACAAUUAGGAAUUUUACAGGU